AUGGCGUCGCAGCAAGAGCCGCGUGUGAUACCGACAUCCGCAUCGCCAUCGCCGCCACCGACGGGAGAGCCUGCGGAAGUGUUUACUGAUGUGCAUAAAGCGCGUGCACAUUUGCCUGUGGACGAAAUUGUGCGUAUAGACCUAGCGACGCGGACGAAGGCGGCAGUGGAUGCACUCUACGAUCUCUCGGCGCGUGCCGCAGACGUACGGCCGAGUGGAGGAGCGCAUAUUGGAGAGAGCAUCAAUACGAUUGUAAAACGCCUAGCAGAUAUUGAUGCUAUGCGGGGACAUAUUCAUACACUGGUGCCAAAAGACGCAGUCGAUCUUGUCGAUAUUGGGCGCAAUCCAGACAGUCAUAUGCGCUCGUUCAUAAGCAGGCUUGUGAGCGAGAACCAGUACUCGCGUGGGCAGCAUACAUCCAUCUUGGCAUUCCGCAAUGCGCUCGGCGACGCACUUUCCGACGCGUUUCCUGCGCUUGCGCCAAGCAUUGCAGAAGAGAUGCAAGAGACAGAGGAGGGUACAAGCACAACGCCCCAAGUAUAA